ACAGGGGUUGGUCAUAUGUUAGUGGAUAUAUUCUGAAAUAUGAGAAACCCAAAUAAAUCUCGGUUUUGGUGUCGUACAUCAGUCUCUUGAUGGACCCAUGUAAUACAAAAUAAACGGCCUCACUGUCUGUAUUAGGCAUUGCGCCCCACAAAUUCGGAAAUGGAGCUCCGUGUGGGGAACAAAUACAGACUAGGCCGUAAAAUAGGCAGCGGAUCGUUUGGAGAUAUAUAUUUAGGGACGAAUAUAUCAACUGGUGAGGAAGUUGCAAUUAAAUUAGAAAGUAUUAGGACUAGACACCCGCAGUUACAUAUUGAGUCGAAGUUCUACAAGUUGAUGCAAGGUGGAGUUGGCAUACCAUCCAUCAAAUGGUGCGGUUCAGAAGGAGAUUAUAAUGUUAUGGUGAUGGAGCUCUUGGGUCCAUCUUUAGAAGAUCUCUUUAAUUUUUGUUCACGUCGAUUUUCGCUGAAGACUGUUCUCUUACUGGCUGAUCAACUGGUUUCUCGAAUAGACUACAUUCACAGUCGGAACUUCAUACAUCGAGACAUAAAACCUGACAAUUUCCUCAUGGGGUUGGGCAAGAAAGGAAAUCUAGUUUAUAUAAUUGACUUUGGUUUAGCCAAGAAAUAUCGUGAUGGACGCUCUCAUCAACAUAUCCCGUAUCGAGAGAACAAGAAUUUGACUGGUACUGCACGAUAUGCCAGCAUCAACACUCAUCUUGGCAUAGAACAAAGCCGUAGAGACGAUUUAGAAUCACUGGGGUAUGUUCUCAUGUACUUCAACAGGGGGUCGCUGCCUUGGCAGGGGCUGAAAGCUGCUAAUAAACGACAGAAAUAUGAGCGAAUCAGUGAAAAGAAAAUGUCAACUUCCAUUGAUGAGCUCUGCAAAGGUUAUCCAGCCGAAUUCCAUGCCUACCUAAACUACUGUCGCUCAUUACGGUUUGAAGAGCGGCCUGACUAUUCUUACCUUCGUCAGCUAUUUCGGACACUCUUUCAUCGUCAGGGCUUCACGUACGACUAUGUAUUUGACUGGAACAUGCUGAAAUUUGGAGGAUCUAGACAUGGAGGACCAGAAGAACAGCAACGUGAGCGACGUUUUACAUCGAGAACAGCUCAAGGUGCUACAGGUCCUGCUGUAUGUACAGGGGCUGCAGCAGGAGUUGGUGCUACUAGCCGUCGCACUCAGACACCAUUCGAUACAGUCAAUACUCCCCCAGGCAAUGCUCCUCCAGUUACCACAGCAAAUCCUACAACUGCAUCUCCCCGAGGGCGUGCUGGUGAGGUACAGGAAAGAAGAGUUAGUAUGCGGUUACAUAGAAGUGCCACCGGUGGAGCACCAAAUGUUUCCACAUCAGACCUGACAAAUACACGCAAUCCUGAUGUGUCUAAGCAGACCAAGAAGCGCCAACGUGGCUCAGAUGGCUCCACCAGUGCCAACGGGGCUGAGCCCCGGGGGAGGAGGGGCCGCAGGGGGGGGAGGAGGCUCUGCUCAUAGAGGGAGCUUGUCCAAGGAUAGCAUCGUGCGACAUACCAAGAAAUGAAAGAUUGGUGUUAUUGAUACGAAAACUGUGAUCAAAAAGCCAUUGUAUUGAGUCAAACAGUUGUCUGCUCCCUCAAUAAAUGCUUUGAUUAUUCAGUAUGACAGUCUGAACUGAAAGGUAUGAAUUCCUCUCGUGGGGUUUGGGAGCAUAUGCUGGAGGCGGAUGUGUUGGAAGUUGAGCCUGUGAGUACAAGCAGCUCUCAGUUGUGUUGCCUAUGUGAUGUCUGUGAAGUUUGAUAACUAUCAUCUGGAGGAAUAUUACAUCAAUAUGUGCACUGUGUUGGUAAAAAAACUGAUUAAAUCAACAGAAUUAUUAGUAAAAAGAUUACUGGAAAAAUACCCACUUUGGGUGAAGGUUGUCUACAAGAAAUAUGUUUAAAAAGACUUUAAAAAAAAUUACCCACCUUGCAUUUUAUAAGAAACAUGCCUUUGUAAUUUUAAAUGUGAAUUUUGGCAAAAUCAAUUGUGUAUUGCAAUUUCUGCGAGAGAAUGGAGCUGUUGUGUAAGGAGAAUGAGUCUGCUGUCAGGACAUCUCUCUCUCUCUCUCUCUCUCUCUCUCUCUCUCUCUCUCUCUCUCUCAUGAGUGAUUGUGUGCCUGCGUGUGUAAAGAGUGGUGUGUGUGUGUGUGUGUGUGUGUGUGUGUGUGUGUGUGUGUGUGUGUCCAAAGUUGUCUUAUGUUUUGUUUCAUACACAUAUGAAGCAGCUGAUAUCUCAUACAGAAAUGAAAUAUGGUUUAAUGUUUUUAUAUAGAGAUAUUUUAUUCUUUAAUUAAACUAGUCAUUCACUCCCUUCAUGUUAUUUGACUUCUGUGCAGCAGAGAGAAAUUUAAUGAGCCAAGCUGUCUGUGGUUUUCUGUGGCUGACAUCUAAAUAACAGAAUUUUUGUAAUGUGAUUUCCACUAGUUCUUGUUGUUCAGAAGCACCAGAAAACAAAGAAACCAUCUUUUUUCCAGUUACCUAGAGUCAGACACAUGGACAUAGCGAUAUUGAAAUAUAAUUCCUAAUUUUUAUUUAUAUUCUAGAGAUUGUGUCUUGUUUAAUUGUUUAUAAAAAAUUUUGUAUGUGAUAUAUUUUAAUUAAUGUUCUACACAAUUAUUUUGUAUUUUUGCAUUGCAGAAGCAAUGUUCAUAACAUUUCCUAGCACCAGUUCUGUGUUUUAAGUUACAGAGAAAAUUUUGUAUACUAGAAUAGUUAUCCGUGUAAUGAAUGAUGUGAACCUUCCCCUUGCUCUUAGGUAUUAUUGCCAUUGCUACAAAAAUUACAGUUCAAUUGCCUGUAACAGAUGAAAUGUAUUUAUCCAAGCUAUUUUCAGAAUUGCUUAUUAUAAGGAACAAUAACAAUUUUGCACUAACUACAUUGUAAGACUGAUUCCUGAUACAGUGGUGUUGUUGUAGAAAUUUGGUUUUAAUAAUGGAAAAUUGUUUGAAUAGGUGUGUAUAUAAAUUAAAAUUUGUAUGUAUUGUGUGCUUUGUAAAUUGUUCAUGUUAUAUGUAUUGCCUUCGAGAACAUAGAAAAUGCUAGUUAUAUCAUUUAGACAGUGUGGUUGUUGGAUGUUGAAAAAUAAUUCUGCAAAAAGAACUUCUUAGGUUAUUCCCUUAUUUACAAAAUAAAUUCUGCAACCAAUCAUUUAAAAACUGUUGUGAGAACAGUUUCAGAUUUAAAUGUCCUGUGUGUGUGUGUGUGUGUGUGUGUGUGUGUGUGUGUGUGUGUGUGUGUGAGUGUGUGUGUGUGUGUGGGUGUGCGCGCACAUUUGUGCGCACUCUGUUAUAAAACAUUUUCGGUGUGGCCUGCAGAUAUUUCUUUUUCCUCCAAAUAGAAAAGGAGUACUAGAACUAUGCACUAAAAUUAAUUUGGUUCCAAACUGGAGCCUGGUGAUUCUGACUUUACAUUUACACAAUAACCUUAAGAUUCUGACCAAAGACUUCAUUCCUUAGAGAACAGAGAAUUUAAAAUACGGCACUCUUCAUUUACAUACAUGUGUAUUGUGUGGAGCCUGUGGUUUUGUAAAAAUUUCAUUAUGUUUAACACUGUCAAAAAUGGUAACUAGUCCCUCAUAUUUCAUAAAGUGUAUUGACUCAUUCUGUGUAUGGGAACAAACUACUCUGGCUGUUUAACAC